AAGCCAGAUUUUACGGGAAAAAGCGGACUUCGCAGCACUGUCGCUUGCAGAUUUAUUCUUUUUGUCAAACAAAAUGGAUAAAGAAAUUAUAAAACAAGGUGCCGAGGCGCGCCUCUACCUCGGCGAAUACGAGGGCGAAACUUGCUUGAUUAAGGAACGCUUCGUCAAGAAGUACCGCCACCCAGAACUGGACAAACAAAUCACGCGACGUCGCAUGAAGGCAGAGAUGAAGACGGCGGCACGUUGUCUGGCCGCUGGCGUUCUGGUGCCAAAAGUACUUCACCUGGACUACCCCGCACACACCUUGUACAUAGAAUACUAUGCCAAUGCCAAGACAGCCAAGGAGUUCAUCCAGGAAACUGUUGCCACCAAGGAGGCGGGCGAGGCGAAGAAGAUUCUGCUGGAUCUCUGCUGGCGAAUCGGCGUAAUCGUUGGCAGAAUGCAUAUUGACCACAUCAUACACGGCGAUCUGACCACAUCGAACAUACUAAUCGAUCCCCAGGAGAACAAGUACGACAUCGUGUUCAUUGAUUUCGGUUUGAGCCACUACGACAAGGGCGCCGAGCGCAAGGGCGUGGAUCUGUAUGUGCUGGAGCGGGCGCUGCUGAGCACACACAGCGAGCAGCCCUACCUCUUCGACCACAUCCUGGACGGCUACCGCAUGCAGUACGGCAGGGAGGGCGACGUCGUGCUAGACAAGUUCGAGGAGGUGCGAGCCCGCGGACGCAAGCGAACGAUGAUUGGCUAACAAAAAUAAUCUUUAAUAAAACUUAAAUCGUAAACCUA